AUGCCUCAGAACGAGUACAUCGAGCGCUGGCAAAAGCAGCACGGUAAACGACUCGACCAUGAUGAGCGUGCCCGCAAGCGUACCGCUCGUGAGGGCCACAAGGCCUCUUACGAUGCGCAGAACCUCCGUGGUCUGAGAGCCAAGCUCUACCAGCAGAAGCGCCAUAAGGAGAAGAUCCAGAUGAAGAAACGCAUCAAGGCCCAGGAAGAGAAGAACGUCAAAUCUGCUGCUGAUGAUGAGCCAUCUAAGACUCCUCUGCCUCAGUACUUGCUUGAUCGGUCGCAGGCUACAAAUGCUAAGGCAUUGUCGAGUGCCAUUAAGGAUAAGCGGUCUGAGAAGGCUGCUAAGUUUGCUGUGCCUUUGCCUAAGGUUAAGGGUAUUAGUGAGGAAGAGAUGUUCAAGGUUGUCAACACCGGAAAGAAGACACACAAGAAGUCGUGGAAGCGAAUGAUUACCAAGCCUACUUUUGUUGGAAAUGACUUCACUCGCCGACCUGUCAAGUAUGAGCGAUUCAUUCGCCCUAUGGGUCUGCGUUAUAAGAAGGCCAAUGUCACUCACCCCGAGCUUGGUGUUACUGUUCAGUUGCCCAUUCUUUCCGUCAAGAAGAACCCUUCCAACCCCCUAUAUACUCAGCUUGGUGUGUUGACCAAGGGUACAAUUGUUGAGGUUAACGUUUCUGAACUGGGUCUCGUCACCACCACCGGUAAGGUUGUUUGGGGUAAAUGGGCUCAGAUCACGAAUGUUCCCGAGAACGAUGGCUGUGUCAAUGCUGUUCUGCUCGUCUAA